AUGGAUCAAAUUGAUCCUUGCAUUCAUGAUGAGCUUGCAUUGUUUGUUAAGAAAUAUAGAAGGGCUGUCAAAGAUAAAACCAAAGUCACUAGGAAUUGUCAAAAUCUUCCUAAUUCGUCUAUAUGUGUGUCUCAAGACAAUGUUUUUAAGGAGAGGAAUUUUUUGAACUCUUAUGGCUUUAGGGAGGACAAAAGUUUAAAGGGUCUUGUAAAGUGCUAUCUAUGUGGCAGUGUUAGUCACAUUGAUGUGGAAUGUGCAAAUAACCACAUGACAGAGUCUAAUGAGAGAGAAAAGUCAAUUAGUGCACAAUGGAGUGAUAGUGGUAGUGAUGAUUCCAACAACUAUAUCACUUCAUCUUAUGAAGAGUUAAGAAAAAAUGUGUGUCCGGAGAUGAUAGAUAGGACGACCAGUCAUAUAGGGAACAAGAUGACCAAUCAUACAAAGAAGAGGAUCACCAGUCAUACAGGGAACUAUGUGAAAAGUAUGAUAUGCUUUUCAAUGAAACCUGUCAUUUCAAAGAACAUAUCACAUGAUGGAAGAAAAGGUUAA